AUGGAAGAAGGAGUAAAAGAAGUGCAGGACCCUGGUACCAUCACUAACGGUGAUAACAGUUCCAGUAGAACCAAUGUUUUCAGUACGGCUUUAAAAUUUUGGACACAAAUAGAUUUACCAUCCAUUCAAAGUCAAUUAGAUAAACAAGGGAUUGAGAUCAGGGAAGAUCAAAAGGAAUCUUUAAAUAAUCGUAAGAAUUUAGCGUCAAAGACCAAGGAAUUCAGGAAAUUACCCGAUGAAGACAAACUUGAACAACUCAAAGGAGUUUUGAAAUUGUACCAAAAUGAAAUUGAUUCAUUAACCACUAAGCAAAAAAAGAUUGAAAGUUAUUUCUUUGAUUUUUAUAGAGAAAUUGCUGAAGCACCUGAUCCAAAGCCAUUAUUAGAAUUAUCAUUAGAUUCAGUGAUAAAUAGUGGAGAAGUAGAAGAAUUGAAAGAAGAAAUUAGUAAAUUAACUGAACAAUUGAGUAAAAAAGCUGAUUAUGAACAACUUAAACAAAGAUUAAUAAGGAACGAACAAAAAUCAGCUGAACUUUUAAGUAGUAAAUUAAAAUCCAAAGAUGAUGAGUAUAAGGCUAUUAUUGAUGAAAAGGAAAAGAAUUGGUUAGAAAAGGAGAAAUUCUAUGAGAAACAAAAGAAUGAAUAUAAUUUAAAGAUUGAAGAAUUGAAGACAUCAAAUGAAGUUACUGAAUUACAAUUGAAUUCACAAAGUCAAUUCAAAUCCAAUGAUAAUAAUGAUGUGACGGUGAUGGCAGAAUUAGAAAUGGUUUCAAGAGAUGCUGAAUUCUCCAAACAAAGGUUAUUGGAAGUGGAAAAGAGAAAUGAAAAUUUAAGGAAAGAAAUUUCUAAUUUGAAGAAUAAUAGUCAAUUGGAGAAUGUUAAAGAGGAAUACACCAAGAAGAUCUUGGAAUUAGAAGGGGAGAAUUCUUUACUUAUUGCAGAAUUGGAUCAAGCCAGAAGACAAAUCAAUAACUUAACUACUGAGAAUGCCAAUAAAUUGAAUAAUUUAAAUACUGAACUUGUCAAUUAUAGCAAUGAGAUCAAAGAUUUGAAGAAUAAAUUGUAUGCUCAAAAAGAUUAUGAAGAGAUCAAAACCGAAUUACAUUAUUUAAGAAAGAUAGAGUUUGAUGACGAAGAAGAAGACGAGGACGAAGGUAAAGAUACUAAAGAUAAAGUUGAUUCUGUAUUGAUGAAGAAAAACAAAGCCUUGAAUGAUGAAUUAGUUCAAUAUAGAUCACAACAUGAAGAUUUAAUCAAUAAAAUCAAUGGCUUUGAACAACAAGUCUUACAAUCCAACGAAGAAAUUGAAAAAUUGAAUAAAUUGAAUCAAAAAUUAGAAGAUGAUUUGUUCAAAUUCAAUGAUAACAAUAAGUUCAAUGAUAACAUGAGUUUGAUCAGUGGGUAUAGUAAAAAGACCAACGAAGAUUCAUCAUCAAUUUUACCCAUAAUCACUAAACAAAGAGAUAGGUUCAGAGAUCGAAAUAAUGAAUUAGAAGAAGAAUUGAAGAGACAAACCUCCAUGAUCAAUGAUUUCAAAAGAACUAUCAAUCAAUUAAGACAAGAUAAUGAAGAAUUAUACGAAAGAACAAGAUUCUUAGCAUCAUCACAAUCAAGCACUAAGAGAAAUACUUUACUCCCCAAACCUAAUAUGGAUUUAGAGAAUAAUAAUUAUAGAAACAAUUAUGAGACCAAAUUACAUCCUAUUGAACAAUUCAGAAUAAAAGAACAAGAAAGAAUUUCUUCUCGAUUAUCACCAUUUGAAAGGAUUUUCAUUAGUUUAACUAGAGCAGUUUUAGCUACUAGAACAACCAGAAUGUUAUUUUUAGGAUAUUGUGUGGGUUUACAUUUUAUUGUCAUGAUUGUAACUAUUUAUUCAACAAGUCUCAAUGCUCAAUUAAUACCAGAAGUUGGUAUGAAUACUAGUACUGGAGGUAAAGCCCACGAGUAA